AUGCCUCAGACACUUGCACCUUCAGUAUACCAGGCUGGCGCCCGUGGCUCCCUUGACGAGUAUUACUUUACAGCCGACAGUGCUAUGUCUCCUCGCAGCGAAGACGACUUUCCCACACCUAAGGCACGGCUGUUCGACAUCACACCACAGCCUUCUCCUCGAUUCCCAUUCCCACCCAAGUCGAGUACAUACCCCAAGAUUAACCGUGUGAGUCGUGCCGACAGCGACUUCGAUUCCUUGUACGACGUCACGGAUGAUGAGGCCGAAGUUCCCCUUCACGCCUCCGCAUCAGUCAAGAAGGUCUCGGGUCCAAACCGUCGAGUACGAUUCCCAUCGCUCAUCAUCCCCUCGCCAACCGCAUGGCCGACAAUCGAAAAGCUGAAGAGCGCAACCUCGGCAGUCCCGAUGACGCCUUCCGCUCUUCUCACACCCUCGCGCCAUGUCUUGGAGAUGAUCAACUCGCACAAUCUGCACGUCCCAGAGCACUCAGCAGCGCCAUCUCUGGAUGGGAGUUUGACAUCAGAAGAGUUGGACAAGUUGAGUUGUCCAGCUACCCCUGAUAUGCGCUCAAGGCGUGACUCGUUCUCAACUGAGGGUUCUUGGGCGCCCGUGCAGCUGGAUUUUCAGGCUAUGCAUACUCUCCAGCACCUUGGAGAAUCCGCGGUUGAGGAGGAAGACGAUAAGGAAACGCCACCUGCGGAGCCAAGAGGAGAGAUGGAAAUGCAGCAGGUUUCGCGCCCUUCUCUGGGCUUGUCCAUCCCCUCGACCGAGUACCAGAACGAGUCCGAUGAUGAUACCCCGAUUUCUGCGAUCUCCGUUCCAUCACCGGGGGGCUUCUUCUCCUCCCUUCAAUCUGGCGCUGGCGCCACCUGGAGCAUCUCAGCGCGCCAGGAGUCGAUCCCCAACACUUCCACCGCCGAGAAGUUCUACAGCCUGCCAUGGGAGAACCAAAAGGCUGAGCCUAUGCCAGCUCUGCCGGAGCGCCCACUUACUCUCAGUGGCGAAACUCUCGACGGAUUGGACGAGGUCAUGGCCGCAGCUCGCCCAACAAUCUUCAGUCCAGUCGAGGAGAACGUCGAAGUCAAGGAGAUCAACCCCAGCAAGACUAUCUUCCAGUACAAUGAGAACUACAAUGCUGAGUUGCAGAAGUUGUCUUCUGUCAACCUUGAGAUGACUGGUCGAUGGCUCGAGGAGCAGGACGAGCUUGCAUCUGCUCUUCGCAGCAUGAGCGACAUGGGGUCCCCAAGUCUGUCCAGCGGCACUCACAGCCGUGGCAACUCACUCGACCAGCCUGCACCGAAGAAGUCCGUCACCUUCGCUGAAGAGCCUGCCCAGACUGCUGAGGAGGAGAAUGAGGAGCCAAAGAAGAUCCAAACCUACGUCCAGGGUCUUGAGUACAUCCGCUCCAGGUGCGAGAAGAAGGACACCUUCAUCCACCGUCAGACUCGCGCUGAGGCUAUGCAUCUUCAUCGCCGCUGCAACCCUGUCGCUCACCGCGAUCAGCUUAUGGGCAAGUACGAACUCAACGAGCCAGAGCGCCCAGCGCCCGCUCGCCCUGUCUCUGAGUUCUACGUCAAUGACCCAACCGCCCUCAAGGAAAGGAUCGCCCGUGCUCAGACCGAGCGUCAGGCGCUCGAUCAGAUGCUUCCUGGUCAAUGGGUCAUGCAGGCACAGAAGCAACUCAACGGUGGAAAGCUGCUCAGUAAGCCCGCUGCGCGGUGCAUUACCCGAGCAACUUCUCCCCGCAUCCUCGACGUUGGCGGCAUUGCUACCAACGAAUGGGCCUGGAAUGUCGCGUACGACUACCCCUAUGCGUCCGUGGUCACUGUCAACACCGCCGGCAACAAUCUCUCCCCUAAUAUCGUCGGUCCCAACAACCACAAGUACACCAGCGUUCCCAACCUCUGGACCCUACCCUUCCCCAACGCGCACUUCGACGUUAUCUCCGCCCGCACCCUGUACGAGCUCCUCAAGACCAAUAAGCCCACCGGCCGCUCCUCCGAUGAGUACGACCUCUGCCUCAAAGAGCUGCACCGCUGCCUCAAGCCCGGCGGCAUCCUGGAGUUCUCUCUGCUCGACGCAGAGCUGAUGCACGCUGGUCGCAACGCACAGGCUAUGGGCGUUGAGUUCGCUUUCAACCUCAAGACCCGCGGGUAUGAUGCCCAGGCUAGCAAGACCUUCCUGCCUCGUAUCUCAAAGGCUGGCUUUAGAGAAGUGCAGCGCGCGUGGAUGGUACUGCCUAUGGGUCAGACUGCGGCGAACUGGAAGGAGGAGCUCAAUGUUGGUGCCAAGGUUGGCACGCAGGAGAAGCGCAUUGGUGAAAGUGGUGAGGUUGAGAUGCAGGAUGCGCCGGUGUUUGGCUCAACGAGCGAUGCUGCGAUGUUGACUGGCCUUGUUGGCUCGUGGGCUUGGGAAAGGUGGAUGUUGAGGUUGCAGAUGGAGAUGGGUAAGGAGGAGGAGAGGUUGUUAGAGGGUGUUGUGCAGGUUCUUGAGGAGGGCGCCAAGGAGGGGUCUGCAUGGAGGUCGCUGACUGGUUGGGCCAGGAAUUUCUUCAAGACUCUCGUCGAGCACGAAAUCACCGUAGAGCUCAAGAACGAAGUCCAGAUCCGCGGGACACUCAAGAGCGUCGAUCAGUACCUGAAUAUUAAGUUGGAUAAUGCUGAGGCUGUGGAUGAGGUUCGGUGGCCGCAUUUAUGCUCGACAAAAGACAUGUUCAUCCGUGGAUCUGUCGUGAGAUACGUACACCUGCCAUCGGGCGCCGUCGAUACCGCACUCCUCGAGGACGCGACACGGAGAGAGACCGAGGCGGCGAAGAACAAGGCGAAAUGA